AUGGCCAAGUACUUUGUACCGGACACCACAUUUGGCAUGGAUGCCGAAUGCGCGGUGUGCUGCUGCCUCUGGACGGACCCGGUGGAGAUCAGCGAGUGCCAGCAUAUUUUUUGCCGUGGCUGCGUAGAGGGGCUCGAGACAUGCCCCGUGUGCUGUGGACCCGUCACGCGUCUCAACACACCCGGUAAGUUCAUCCUGCGACUACUGCAGCGCACGCAGGGGUCAUGCAGCGCGUGCCCGUGGAAGGGCACGUACAGCGAGUUUAAAGAGAGCCAUCUCAAAUGCCUCGAAGCUGAUGAGGUGCAGUCCACCGACGAGGACAAGAUCCCGACGACGACGGAGUGUUUGGCAAUGCAGGAGUACUACCUAGAAGGCAGCGGCACCAAACCUGAAGGAACAGCAGCCUCGCCCGCCGCCGUGGGCUCCUUUCUCGUGCAUCCUGUGGCGGUAGUCAGCGCCGACAGUCCUCAUGAGCAGCGCUCUGCUGACGUCACGAACAGCAGCGCUUGCACCGCCGACGCUCACCUCACGUGUGAGCAGCGUGCACAGUGGCGGCAGUCGCUGAUCUCAACGGCGCGGGACUAUGGGAUGUCGGAUAGAGAGUACCGCGAGCUGAUUGAGCGUUUUCCCGACUUUGCCGUCCUCGUUCCCGAUAGAGGCAUGACGCCAGAGCUGCGCUGGCGCGGCGCGUGCCGACUCCUGCGCUUCUUUAACUACCCCAACCAUCCAGACGACGUGAAAAACCUCUUCGAGAUGGCAGGCCGCGACGCCAUGACGGAGUCGGUGCCGUUUCAUGUGCUGUGUCUGUGGCUCAUGUUGAACCGACGAAACCCAGCGCAGUGGUACCACAUGACAGAGGAGCCGUACGAGCAGUUCCUGAAGGUAGCACAACUGCUGGAUGUGGAGGCAGCCGGGCUCUUCCAGCUGGAUCAGUGCCGCAUCCUCGCGGAGCAGUACUUUGAGCGCGACGUGGGCGACGCUGAGUGGGUUUGUAUCGAGCGCCUGCUGCGCGGCAAGGACACCGAAGUUCGACAAUCCUUCCUCGGUAGUGCCAAUCGUCGACGCGUCGACCUCGACGAAAGCUUCGUCCUCUCCCCCGCCAAGCUGCCCUUACAUGACAUGCUGUGUGCCUUUACCCGUCACGUAGACGCGCUGAGAAAGGAGCAGCAGCAGUCAGAGGCGCAGCGGAUGCAGGCGGACUACGUGCGCCGCAUCAAGCGCAUCGUCGAUUACUACGAGCCGGGCUCGGUGAACCAGCUGGAUGUCACGCUGCAGAAGUUCGCCGGCGAAGAAGAAAGCCUCCUCAUGACACUCACGGCAAUGUACGGCCCAGAACCCUCCUGA